AUGGCUGAUAGAGUGCAUCAUUAUGUGAUGGGGAUGGAUCAUUAUUUGGUUAAUAGCUGUAUGGCAAUGUCUUCUCAGCCACAUAUGGAUAUUGCUCGAGUCCAGGCAUAUGAGCAGGGAUAUCCUUCUCAGCCAGCCCAGAGUGCACCCCCACAGUUCACAGAAAAGAGAUUGGAUAGCACAGGAUCUUCAUGCCAUUUGAGGCUAGCUUUUUCUUGGUGUUCUCAUUGUGGUAGGUCCCAUUUUGGAGAAUGCCAUUAUGACAUAGGUGAUUGCUUUACGUAUGGCCGUCAAGGCCAUAUGAUGAGUGAGUGUCCAUUUAGGGGUAGUCUAGGGGAUGUAGCUCAGCCUAUUGGGUCAGUUUCUAGUUAUUCCUCGGUGGCUAUGCGCCCCAUGGGGCAGGGUAUUUAUACAUCAGCAAGCCAUGGUAGAUGUCGUGGUGGAUCUUCUAGUUCUAGCAGUCCCUCGAACCGCAUAUAUGCUUUGACCAGUAAAUAG